UCUUUUACUCCAUUGGUUCUGGGGCCUGACGCUUUCCGGCGGUGUGUCAGGAAAAGCCUCUGAGCGGCCCGUGGUUCGGGAGUUGAGUGGAGGCAACCAGGGUACCCUGUGCUGAUUGGGUCCGGAACCAUGGACGUGGGUGAACUUUUAAGCUACCAGCCCAACAGGGGCACAAAACGACCCCGGGAUGAUGAGGAAGAAGAACUGAAGACACGUCGCAGGCAAACUGGUCCUCGAGAACGCGGCCGCUAUAGAGAAGAGGAGGCCACAGCAGCCGAAGACACAGAUGAUGAUAAGAAAAGGCUGCUGCAGAUUAUUGACAGGGAUGGCGAGGAAGAAGAGGAGGAGGAGGAGCCGCUGGAUGAGAGCUCAGUGAAGAAGAUGAUUCUCACAUUUGAGAAGCGAUCAUACAAAAACCAGGAGCUUCGGAUCAAGUUUCCAGACAACCCGGAGAAGUUCAUGGAAUCCGAGCUGGACCUCAAUGACAUCAUUCAGGAAAUGCACGUGGUGGCCACCAUGCCUGACCUGUACCACCUUCUCGUGGAGCUGAGUGCUGUGCAGUCACUUCUUGGCUUGCUGGGACACGAUAAUACAGAUGUGUCCAUAGCUGUGGUUGAUCUCCUCCAGGAGCUAACAGACAUAGACACCCUCCACGAGAGUGAAGAAGGAGCAGAAGUUCUCAUCGACGCCCUGGUGGACGGGCAGGUGGUCGCAUUGUUGGUGCAGAAUCUGGAGCGCCUGGAUGAGUCUGUGAGGGAGGAGGCUGAUGGCGUCCACAACACCCUAGCUAUUGUGGAGAAUAUGGCCGAGUUCCGUCCGGAGAUGUGCACAGAGGCUGCCCAGCAGGGACUCCUACAGUGGCUGUUGAAGAGGCUGAAGGCCAAGAUGCCCUUCGAUGCCAACAAGCUGUACUGUAGUGAAGUGCUAGCUAUCCUCCUCCAGGACAAUGAUGAAAACAGGGAAUUGCUGGGAGAACUGGAUGGGAUCGAUGUGCUUCUUCAGCAGUUAUCCGUAUUUAAAAGACACAACCCCAGCACCGCUGAGGAGCAGGAGAUGAUGGAGAACCUGUUCGACGCACUCUGCUCCUGCUUAAUGCUCAGCUCUAAUCGAGAGCGCUUCCUGAAGGGCGAGGGGCUGCAGCUCAUGAACCUCAUGCUCAGGGAGAAGAAGGUCUCCCGGAGCAGCGCCCUGAAAGUGCUGGACCAUGCCAUGAUUGGUCCCGAAGGCACAGACAACUGCCACAAGUUUGUUGACAUUCUUGGCUUACGGACCAUCUUUCCACUCUUCAUGAAGUCUCCUAGGAAGAUCAAGAAGGUGGGAACCACAGAGAAGGAGCAUGAAGAGCAUGUCUGUUCGAUCCUGGCUUCCCUCCUGCGCAACCUGAGAGGGCAGCAGCGGACCCGGCUUCUGAAUAAAUUUACGGAGAACGACAGUGAGAAGGUUGACAGACUAAUGGAGCUGCAUUUUAAAUAUCUAGGCGCAAUGCAGGUGGCCGACAAGAAGAUUGAAGGGGAGAAACAUGACAUAGUGCGGCGUGGGGAGAUCAUAGACAAUGACAUGGAGGAUGAGUUCUACCUGCGGCGCCUGGAUGCCGGGCUCUUCAUCCUGCAGCACAUCUGCUACAUCAUGGCGGAGAUCUGCAAUGCCAAUGUCCCUCAGAUUCGCCAGCGGGUUCACCAGAUCCUGAACAUGCGUGGCAGCUCCAUCAAGAUCGUCAGGCACAUCAUCAAGGAGUACGCAGAGAACAUUGGAGAUGGCCGGAGCCCUGAGUUCCGGGAGACCGAGCAGAAGCGUAUCCUGGCCUUGUUGGAGAACUUCUAGAAUGCUAGGGAGAGAGUGACAGCCGCCGACCCCUGGCUCCCUCCUGGAAACCAUUUUUACAGUUGUAUGGCUUGAACAAAUUAAAGCUAGUUUUGGUA